AGUGCCGCGAGCGCGCGCGUUCGUUUGUUCGACGUCGAUUUAUCAUCCGGUGGAAAACAAAAAACGACGACGGGACGCGUGGCUCGGAAUCCGCGAGAACACACGCGAGCGCGCGCGUAUAAUUACCAGCCGAACACGUUACAAUUGGCGUCGUUUAGACGGCGCGAGCGCGCGCGGCCCACAAUAGACACCGAUGGCAUUGUCGCGGUUUUGCAUAUUUAUUUUUUUUUCCCCCGACGGCACAUCCGCGACCACGUCUAACCGACGUGCACAAUUAACCCGUUCGGGCCGCCCCUCUCCCCGGUGACGGCGUGCACACACCGUUAUUGGACGCGUUCCUCGCGAGAGUUUCCGCGUCAAUCGCGUCGCUACGUCCUCGUCGGCACACGUACCACAUCCGUCAGGUCACCGCAACCAUGGUCGGUCACUGGAGUUUGUUCGUCGUCUUGUGCAUAUCGUCGCUCGUCGGAGACCUGGUGUUCGGAAGUAUGUUCCCGAAUAUACCAUCGAACCCUUCGCCGCCGCCUGAGUUCAUAACUACACAUCAAGAAGUCAAUUGGCCGUUAAAAAAUUUAGCUACACCUGCAGAGGUAAUCGUCGCGAAAGAAGUCAAAACCAACGACCGGGAGCUUCAAGUGGAACGGACGACACAAGAGAAAAACUGGGAAAGUGAUCGCCAAGCUGUGGAUGUUUCGCCAAAAAUUAUUGUGAUCAACAAUGAACAGAAACCAGUCAGUGGGAUUUUAAUUCACAACACAACACAAGAUGGAAAUAAAAAAUUAUCUCUGUCCAUUAAAUGAUGAAGUACUAACACCAGAAGUACCUACCUAUGCAACGUAAAAAUUUUUAUGUUUUUUUUUUUUCUGAACCGUUUAUAAUAAUCAUCAAUCAAAAUAAUUGGGUUAUAGAAAUAUAAUAUAUGUACCUUAUGCCUAGACGUUUUUCCAUGAUUUUCCAAAUGUCACCUACAUAUCCUGAGAUAUCGUAUAUCACACUGGCAUUCGUCAACAGCAACAAAUAAGGCGGCAUCUGGUUGUUGAAAAAAAAAAUUGUAAAUAACAUUUUACUAAAGUUUAUAAAUUUAACUUAAAGAAAACAACAACAAUCUGUAAAGCAUUUACACUUGGAUAAUGCACUAUACAUACAAUUUCAAGUCACUGCAAAAAAAUCAAAUCAAAGUUCCUAUUUAAAUGUCAAGUAUGAAAAAGUGCCCAUUUUUUGUGAAAUGUAAUUUGUAUUAAUUCUACAAAAAUACAAAAAUAAUGAAAUGGA